UGUCUAUCUCCGUAGGAGUGCAUGUCGAAUAUUGCGUUGGGUUUCUCUAUUCAAAAUAGUACGUCGUUUUUAAUUAUUCGUACAGUGUAUUUUUGUUUUUACCGUGAAGAAAUCGAAUAAAAUGUGUUUUUACAGUGCAUUUUAAUUGAUAAGGAUUUAAAACUAUCGCGUAUUAGUGAUUUAGUGAAAAUGAAUGGUAAAAAGCGCUGUGAAAAGGGAACUUUCUCGCCAGACGGAAUGCGAGCCGAAAUCUUAAAUCCAUUUGUACACAAGUUGGAGUUAGACAACGCUUAUGAUAAAAUACGCACGGCAAUUUUCACGGUCAUCCUGCUACCGUUCCGUGUGAUCGUCAUUUGUUACCUGAUCGUGACCGCCUGGUUCCUGGCUUGUGUCGGCCUUUACGGUCUCAGCGAAGAUGACCUUAGAAAGAAACCUAUGACAGGAUGGAGAAGCAAGCUACGUUUCUACAUUCUAUCUCUCAUGAGAUUGGUGGUGGUAGCUGCUGGUUUCCAUCGGGUGAAGGUAUUGGGGCUGGAGCACAUGGCCAGGGGCCGUGAAGCACCAGUAGUGGUAAUGGCACCGCACUCCAGUUUCUUUGACGCCAUUGCAAUCGUGGUUCUUGGCGCGCCUAGUGUGGUUGCGAAAGCGGAUACAGCCAAACUACCCUUCAUUGGACAAUUAAUAAACUACACGCAGCCGGUUUAUGUGUGGCGUGAUGAUCCCAACUCUCGACAGAACACGAUUAAGGAAAUCAUUGAAAGAGCGACUUCUAAGGAGGAUUGGCCCCAGGUGCUAAUCUUUCCCGAAGGAACAUGCACGAACCGGUCAUGUCUGAUAACCUUCAAGCCAGGAGGUUUCUACCCAGGCGUUCCCGUUCAACCCGUCACCAUUCGAUAUCCCAACGCGAAAGAUACAGUUACUUGGACCUGGGAGGGACCUGGCGCAUUGAAACUCCUGUGGCUGACAUUGACACAAGUACACAGCUCGUGUGAGAUAGAGUUUCUGCCAGUGUAUUAUCCAAACGAAGAAGAGAAGAGAAACCCUAAACUCUUCGCGAGGAACGUUAGAGAUGUCAUGGCUAAAGCUCUCGGAGUACCAGUACUGGACUAUACAUAUGACGACUGCCGGCUCAUAGCAAAGGCCAAACAAUUGGGUAUUCCCGGGGGCGCAGCCAUUCGGGAAGUCGCCGAAUUGAGAAGCCAGCUUAAGCUGGACGUCGCGAACUACGAAGUGGACCUGAUAGAAACAGGUCUGCAGGGCACUCCUCGCUGGCUGACCCUGGAGCAGUUCGCAUUGAGGAUGGAUGUGCUCAUCACGGUGCCUUGCUCUCGGCUUUACAAGAUAUUUGUGCAGCCAUCUAUAAAUUUGAUGUACUUCCCUGACUACCUCCUUGCGACACUUUUCAUCUUGUACCAGCACGAACCACUUUCUCUGCUAAUUGCCUAUGGAUUUAAGAUUUUCGAUGGCUCUGGGACGGGGAGAUUAGACAUAACAAGCUUCGAAGAGUUAGCGGCUCGAACUCUCAAUCUUGGACCGGAAGACGCUCACAAUCUCUUCAGAGGAGCUGACGUCGAGAAGAAAGAAUAUAUCACAUAUGAUGAAUUCGUGGCCUACGCAACGAAGAAGCCGGAGCUCAGUUUCGUCUUCACCAGAGACGGGUCUCAAAAGGUGAAAAUCCAGUGAGGGUUGCAGGUUCACAUCCCCGCCGUGUGCGAUCUUCAAAUGCCGGACUAAAAGCACGAGGACGAAGCGAGCGAGAAAGGGUAGACUUUUAACUUUGUAUCAAAACUUUUCGUUCCUUUGAUACUUUUAUGUAACGUUUUUUUUAGGUUAUCGCAAUAUUAUAUGAGAUAUACAAUGAUGUGUUAAUAACGAAGUUUUAUCAGUAUUGCGAGUAUUAUUGUAUUUUAUCAUCCAUAUUUUUUACAAAACCAUUUAAUAACAAAAAUUAAUGGAAACACGUAUAUUUUGUAUACUAUAAGGUAGAUGUUUAAUUGUAUUAUAUAUAUAAGCUCUAUCCCUUUCAUACAUCGCUUGCUUUUGGGGAUUGUGAACAUAUUAUGUAAAUACUCAUUAUUGAAUACUCUUUCAAACACACAGCAAUCAUGUUGUCUUUUUAAAUAUUUCUUAAAGAAGAUAUAUCGAGUCUUUUUAGUCGGGUAUAAUAUAAGUUAAAAGUUGUGGAGGCUAUGUGGUGUGCGUAGGUUCGAUACCCAGCUAUGCACCAAUAGAUUUCCUUCUAUAUGCGCAUUUAACAUUCGCACGAACGGUUAAAGAAAACAUCGUGAGGAAACCGGGCUUGCCUUAGACCAAACAGUCGACGGCGUUUGUCAGGCACCGGUGGUUGACCUACUUGCCUAUUAGAUUGAUUAUGAAACAGAUACAGAAAUUUGAGGCACAGAUCUAAAAAGGUUGUAAGGCCACUGAUGUUGGUAUAAGUUAGUAGCUUCUAAGUAGAACUUAUAUAAGCUUAGCUUAAAUUGGCUUGGUUAUAGUAGUUUAUUGAAUUACGACUUUCUCGCAUUGUAUUAAGGUGUCCUUUACAAUAGACAAUGAUUUGAGGCUCAUAAUAUUUUCUAAGGUUUCUCAAAUAGCUGUGUUCCGAAAUAUUCAUGUUGUAAAAACGUUAUACGUUAUGAAAAGUCUAAUAUCAAACCCAGUGUUAUCCAAGGAUUUCAUAUGCAAAAUGGUUGAAGUAAGAUCUCUAUAUUAUACCUGUAUUUAUACGUACGUCUGCAAGAGUAUAGGGUUUUUUUUACUUUGACAAUGACCUGACCCUGGGAACUCUAGAUCCGCCCUUGGUUAUGUAUAAACUACCAGAACAAUGUAACUGUGGUUUUUAGAAUAUAUAAUUCUUGAUUUUGUACGUAGGCCAUACAAAAAAGGCAAAUAAACAAAUUAAUUUUACAUAUAUAACAAAUAAUUUUCAAAUUCUAAGUCAUAUAAUUUGAAAAAGUUUUUAGAGUUUGAAUCAUUUUCACAAACAAAAAUUGUCACCUUAGAGAGCCAUUAAUUAUGUGAUAAUCGUAAAAUUAAAUUGAUAUGCUCUUGUAUAUAUUCUUGUAAUAGGCUUAUUAGGUAGUAAUCUACAAAUUAAUGAUAUGUACCUUAUUAAAAUAUCUAUCCCUCUCGUUCCAUCACAGCAUAAAUAUAGUUAGACAGAAAGAAUCAAAAGUUUAACCGUAAAAAUAAGCGGGUAGAUAUCAUUAAUAUUUUCUAUAGAAAUGUCACAUCACAUCGUGAGAAAUGUCUAGACGGCAUCGGCUUCUUGUCUCAAACAAGAAUGUUGAUUUUAUUCUUAAAAUCCUGCUAAUAGUUAAGACGAAAAUUUAGAGAAAAUAGAACAAAGCAAUGUAUAAAAAAUUAAUUAAUAAUAAUCAACGCAAGUAACAUAGUCUUAAGAUGCCUACAUUAAUUUUAACUGCGUUUUAAACAGGAACGAAAUAACGAUCCUGGCGUUUUAAAUGCAUACUUAGUCUUGGAGCAAAAUAAUAUUGAGAUUUGUAUGCUGUCGUUCCUUUUCAUCAAAAACUGUUAGAGUUACAACAAUGUAAAAAUAAUACGGAGAAAUUUAAUGUCAAAAGUAGCCUUAAUGUGAAUUUGCUGUAUUUUGUUCAUGUAUAUAGUAAUAAUGUAGAAAUAGAUUGGCGCCUUUUGCUCAGUUAAUUCUCAGUAGCUAAUAUGAUUGUACUCGUAGGUAUUUUUGACAGUGACAGCUUGUCAAAUGUCACUUAGUAAACCAAGUAUUCAUUACGUAUUUUAAAAAAGCAUACAUCAUCUUGCUAAGUGUUGAAGUUAACAAAAAAGAACAGUAUUAUUUUUGUAUUUCGACCUAAGUACGGCUUAGCAAUUUUGAGAAAAAUAUGUAUGUUAUAACCAUUUUAUAUAUAAGUGCUACGUGUACUUAUUUAUUAUUAUACUUAUUUAUUAUACUUGGCUAGAGUUGUAUUCGCAGAGAUGUUUAAUAUCCACCUUCCGUACUCAGAGUCAUCAUCUAUUGGAUUUACAGAAAAUUUUAAUUUUUACUGAAUUUUAAAGUGACGGCGACUCUUAAUGAACAACUCUGAGUACGGCUUUGUGUACGACUGUUAACUUUUUUCUUAAGUAUAUUUUUAUUAAUUUAUGAUACUCAAACUCGUGUCAUUUUGCGUGUUUUGUAACCUUUAACUAAUUGAGGUUUAUAGGUUAUUAAUAAAUGAGACCUUUAGUAUUUAAAACAACUUUUUUGUAGCAUAUGCAAUAGGAUGGCUAAUUCUUAUAAUAUGUAGUUGAUUAUUUUUAUAAACUCUGUUUCUUUAAGUAAAUAGUAGAUUUGUUUGUAAAUAGUAGUUUUUAAGU